AUGAACGUGACUUAUAAUCAAGGUAUGGCUCCGGUUCCCGGCCAUACACACUCGUCAUCUUACGCUUAUCCCCCAACCAGUUACUCAAACUAUCACCAACAACAACAUAGACCAACUCAGUCGUACUACCAGCCGACGGUUGCACAACAACAGCAAGCUGCUCAUGGUCAUGGUCACGGGGUGCAUUUACGGCCACUUGCCGUGCCAGUCAACCAUGUGGCUGACGUCCAGCCUGCUCCUCAAGUACCAGCACCACACAUGGCUCAAGAACAAGCUUCCGUUAAUGGUGGAAUAAAUUCCAUUUUGGAAUACAACUUGAACCAAAUGUCGUCGUUUUUGGCAUGGUGCGCUUUUGGCAUGUUGAAGCAAGCAAGGAGUCCAUCAAAAGAUUUUGAAAAUUUGGUCUCAUCGGUUUUGUUUGCAACUAGAUUGCCGAAAUCAUCGAUUAUCAUUGCCUUGGAGUAUAUGAAUCAAAGAUUUUCAUCAAAGAAAAUCAAACCAACCAUGACUGAACACGAAAUUUUCAACUUUCUCGUUGUUGGCUUAGUGUUGGCUAAUAAGUUCAACGAUGAUAACACCUUUACCAACAAGUCAUGGUGCGGGGCCACCGGCUUGCAAUUGAUUAUAUUGAACAACACUGAAAAGGAAUGGCUCGAAGAUGUCAAGUGGAGUCUAUCCGUGGUCAAUUUUGAAUCAAAUAUCUUGACGUUGGAAGAAUGUUGGAAAACCUGGGUUGAGAAAUAUGGAGAAGCAACUUCGACUACUUCUUCUUCAUCUUCCUCAUCAUCAUUAUCAUCGUCUGCUGCUGCAUCAACAGCAGCGUCGAUUGAUCCUAUCUAUACGCAAAACAGUAUCACUCCAACAAUUUCCCCAUCGAGUACUUUUUACUCAAAUCAAUCUGCUACUUCAGCAAACCGAUAUUCCUAUCAACCAUCCUACGUUUCAAUGUCGUCAUCGCCGAUUUACGAACAACAAGAAGUUAGAUACACUGCCCCCGUGCCUGUUCAACCAUCGCUACCACCUUAUCCAUCCUUGUCGUCACCUGUGAGUUAUGAAAAUGACUGGGGUUAUAAAGCAUAUGCGGACUUGGCCAUUCAAUAUGUUGGAACUGCUCCAAUAAACCAAUAUCAACCACUCCAUCCUCACUCAAACACCUACCACCACCAUCCAACACAUCCAUCACAUCAGCCACCACCACCUCCUCCUCCUCCUCCACAACAUCAUCAUCGUCAUCACCACCACCAUCAACCACCGCCACCCCCACCACAUCACCAACCGGGAGCACUUUCAUUUAGUGGACAUCCCAGCAAGUUUGUGGGCUAUGCCAAUCCUUAUUUCAUGGCAUACUGA